CGGCUUUCACUAUUCCGAUGCUGUUCAGUGUGUCUCUCUGGGGACUCGGAAGGAGGAAUUCGAUUGAUUCGUAGUUAUUGGCUAUGGGUUUAGAAAUGGAGGCUUCCGUAUCGUCCUCCGAAGCAGGUCCCACCCACCCCGCCGGACCACGAAGUUUUCCGCUGGCGGCUCAGCCGGAGAUCAUGCGAGCUGCGGAGAAGGACGAUCAGUACGCCUCUUUCGUUUACGACGCUUGUCGCGACGCUUUUCGCCACCUCUUUGGCGCUCGGCUUGCCGUGGCAUAUCAGAGUGAGACAAAGCUUCUUGGACAGAUGCUAUAUUAUGUGUUAACGACCGGGUCAGGACAGCAAACACUUGGAGAAGAAUAUUGUGAUAUAAAUCAGGUUUCUGGACCUUAUGGACUUCCUCCAAAUCCAGCAAGACGUGCUCUUUUCAUCGUAUACCAGACAGCAGUCCCGUACAUUGCUGAAAGAAUUAGCUCUAGACUAGCUUCUCGUGGCAUCAUGCUUGCCGAUUCUCAGUCUGAUGAGUUCUAUGGAGAAAAUGCAUCGGAAAACACAUCUUCUCAAUCUUCUGUAACCAUGGAAGUUCAACCUUCUUCAACCCCAGGGUAUUCUGCUUCUUACCUAAUGAGAUUGAGGGCAAAAAUUAAUCGAUUAUGGCUGCAGACAGUUCGAUGCUGGCCUUCGGUUUUGCCUCUAGUUCGUGAAUUUUUGCAAUUAGCCCUCCGCACAAACCUCAUGUUUUUCUAUUUUGAAGGACUGUAUUAUCAUAUAUCCAAACGAGCUGCAGGCAUUCGCUAUGUGUUCAUUGGAAAACCAUCUAAUCAAAGACCCAGAUACCAAAUACUUGGAGUAUUUCUACUUAUUCAACUUUGUAUCAUUGCUGCCGAAGGCUUAAGACGUAGUAGUUUAUCAUCUGUUUCAAAUUCAAUUAACCAGACAUCCUUUGGAGCAAAUCCUUCGUCAUCAGGUCGUGGUCUGCCUAUUUUAAAUGAGGAAGGUAGUUUGAUAUCAGUUGAUGGUGACUCUGGAAAUUGGGUCUCUGAUCCUUCACACUCUGAGCCAAAUGCAAGCAGCGGAAUAAGCAAAUGCACGCUGUGUCUGAGUAAUCGCCAGCACCCAACAGCCACACCAUGUGGCCAUGUAUUCUGCUGGAACUGCAUCAUGGAGUGGUGCAAUGAAAAACCAGAAUGCCCUCUGUGCAGAACUCCCAUUAAUCAUUCAAGCUUAGUGUGUCUAUAUCAUUCAGAUUUCUAAGCCUCCCUUCAUUAAUAACUUUAUUCUUUACCUCUUCUUCCUUUUAAAAAAUCUUAUUUAUACCCGUAUUUUCUCGGGUAAUAUUUUUUUUUGUCUACCCGAACAUAGCUCUCAACUAGUUAAAGCAUAAAACAACCUCGUACAAGAUCGGAGGUUCAAAUUUCAAAUU